AUGUCUAGUUCACCUUCACCUAGAACAACAGCUAUGGCUAUUCAAAUGAGAGCCAUGCGUGACCAUUUUGAGAGAUUGUUAAGAGAACAAGGUGAACAAUUCCAACAAAAAUUUGAUGAGUUAGAAAGGAGGUCUAAUGAUGGUAGUGGUGAUGAGGAGGAAAGAAGGCGUAGGAGGAGACAAGGGAGGGAUCCUUUGAGGGGCAUAAAAAUUAAAGUUCCAUCUUUUGUUGGGAAGAGUGAUCCGGAGGCGUAUCUAGAAUGGGAGACUAAAAUUGAGCAAAUUUUUAAUUGUCACAAUUAUUCUGAUGUUGAAAAAGUGCAGGUUGCUUCCAUUGAGUUCAAGGAGUAUGCUUUAGUGUGGUGGGAUCAAUUGAUCAAAGAUAGAAGGAGGUAUGAUGAACGACCAAUUGAUACUUGGGAAGAGAUGAAGAGAAUCAUGAGGAGAAGGUUUGUUCCUUCCUAUUAUCAUAGGGAUUUACACAACAAAUUGCAAAGACUCACUCAAGGUUCUAAAAGUGUUGAAGAAUAUUUCAAGGAGAUGGAAGUUGCCAAAAUUAGAGCUAAUGUGGAGGAGGACAAUGAAGCAACCAUGGCUAGGUUUCUUCAUGGUCUAAAUCGUGACAUUAGUGACAUAGUGGAACUUCAUCACUAUGUUGAAAUGGAUGAAUUGGUACACCAAGCUAUCAAAGUGGAACAACAACUCAAAAGAAAGAGCCAAGCAAGGAGAAGUUCCACCAAUUUCAAUUCUCCAAAUUUGAAAGACAAGGAGGGUGCUUCAUCUUCAUCAUCUACAGAGCCCAUAGUUGAAAACAAAGGUAAAGCUAUUGCACCUUCUCAAAGUGUUUCAACUAACAAAAAGGUUACAUGUUUCAAGUGUCAAGGCAAAGGGCAUAUUGCAUCUGAAUGUCCAACAAAGAGAACUAUGCUUAUGGAGGAAAAUGAAGAAGAGGAGGAAGGUAAUAAGGAUGUUGAAGAGAAUGAUGAAGAAGAAGAAGAAAUACCUAGUGGAGAGUUACUCAUGGUGAGGAGGAUGUUGUGGAACUUGGUCAAAGAAGAAGACACCACUCAAAGAGAAAACCUUUUUCACACAAGAUGCCUAGUCCAAAAAAAGGUAUGUUCUUUAAUUAUUGAUGGUGGGAGUUGUACCAAUGUUGCUAGUACUCGUUUAGUGUCGAAACUUAAUUUAGAAACAAAACCUCACCCUAAGCCAUAUAAACUUCAAUGGCUUAAUGAAAGUGUUGAAAUGGUUGUUAAUAGACAAGUUGAGGUUUGUUUUACAAUUGGGAAAUAUGAGUUUUACAAUUGUUGA